UUUUCGUUUCCGUUUGGGUCCGAACCGGUCACCUGCCACCGACGAGUCCCCGUUUGCCGCGACUAGGGUCUAUCCGAUCACGACAGCUACUUUGUACUACUAUACCACAGAGGUCACCGAACCGCCGCCGCUGGCAAUUGUGGAUUGUGUCCAACCACCAUGGUGGGUAUGUCAGCAAUGCCCCAGCUGCUCAGCGUCUUCCACUCCCCUGGCCAUACUCUCAUCCUGGAUUUGGGACCCGCGAGCUGGUGUCCGCUCCGGCUUGUGUUGGCCACUGGAAGCGUCCUAGUGCUAGCCAUGGUGUAAUACCAGUCACAAUGUGGGAUCGCCACUCAAGUUUGCGCUGCGCUUCGUCAGACCAGAACGACCAAGCAGAGUCGCGUCUCCCUUUUUCCUUUCUUUUGUUUCUUUUGUGGAUCAUCUGGACUUUACGUGGUCACCAACCUACACUGCGACCGGACUGGUGCUGGGAUCAGUCCAGCUUGGUCUUCCCAGCACUACGGGUGCCACGGAUGGGGUCAUUCGAGCGAAGAUCAUGCUGGGCUGAACGACAGGGAUCGGCUGUGCUAGUUUCCCCUGGCUUCGCUUCGAGAAAAGUCGACCCCAACUAUUGCUCUCUGUUCGGAGAAACGGCAACCACCAACAGUGCAAAACGAGUUCGAGGUAUGGAUCGUUGGCAUCCAAUCUUGCCGGCGUCUUCGGCUAUUUUCGUCAAAGAGUAUACCGCCUUUGCUCGACCAUCCAUCCAACACCACGUUCGCCGUUCCACUCCAUAUUUUAUGCCUGCCUGUCCUUAUCAGAGUCGCGGCCAUGUCGUUGCCAUGUCACUGCCAGCUUUGGCGCUGACGUUCCCAACUGCCCUGGCCAGUCAAACAGCCGAGACGAUAACCAACUGUCAGUCGCCUACCCAACCCAAGGAUGUAAAGUCAACUACUCUCCAACGUACAUGAUGACCGCAUUUUCAGACUACCAUGGCGUUCAUUGUAGCCGGGUCUCCUCCACACCCUUAGGCGCAUCCAUUUCAAUCCCGUUCACGCCCGCUUCUGCAACUCCGCUUAACAUGGAGGCGUCUCCAGCUUCGAAAUCAACCACUCGAGGCCGAUAACCGCACACCACUACAUGCGCCGCUUUGCGGCAAAAUCAAACAAAGCGCUGUCGCCAUCAUGGCUGUUCCAG